ACCUAUCACAGGUAAUCCCGUGUUUCUGCGUAGCCGUAGUUUUCAGGUGGCAAGUGCAGGCAGCAACCAGUCCAUCCCCAUUGUGGACGUGGAGACCGCUCGGGAUUCACAAUUAAAGGCUACAUAGUGCAUUCCACCACAGGUGACGAAACCCAGCUCCCAGAAUAACAAGCAAGACAACUUUUGAGGUGACUGUUGUUGACUAGUGUCUUCUGUGCAUUUGUUUGGUAAUCUUCUGGUGGAUUUUUCAAAAGGACGACAUAAAUUCUUUGGAAUUAUUCUCGGGGAGGACUACUGUUCCUGAAGGCGAUACAGAUGCCAUAGAAUACAUAGCAACAGGGUAGCUGUGUAUGUUCCCCCAGUCUGUGCGACUCUACCAAGGUGCUGUGAAGCUGUCUGUCUGAUUGACGCAGGGAGGACAUGCUGAAACUAGUGGCCACAGAUGUCUUUAAUUCCAAAAACCUGGCCGUUCAGGCACAAAAGAAGAUCUUGGGCAAAAUGGUGUCCAAAUCCAUCGCUACCACCUUAAUCGAUGACACGAGCAGCGAGGUGCUUGAUGAGCUCUACAGAGUGACCAAGGAGUAUACCCAAAACAAGAAGGAGGCAGAGAAGAUCAUCAAAAACCUCAUCAAAACAGUCAUCAAGCUGGCCAUUCUUUACAGGAAUAAUCAGUUUAAUCAAGAUGAGCUAGCACUGAUGGAGAAAUUUAAGAAGAAAGUUCAUCAACUUGCUAUGACCGUGGUCAGUUUCCAUCAGGUGGAUUACACCUUUGACCGAAAUGUGUUAUCCAGGCUGUUGAAUGAAUGCAGAGAGAUGCUCCACCAGAUCAUCCAGCGUCACCUCACCGCAAAGUCACAUGGACGGGUUAAUAAUGUCUUUGAUCAUUUUUCAGAUUGUGAUUUUUUGGCUGCCUUGUAUAAUCCAUUUGGAAGUUUUAAACCCCACUUACAAAAACUUUGUGAUGGUAUCAACAAAAUGUUGGAUGAAGAGAACAUAUGAGCAUGGGAAUUAAGAUCGUGACUGCUCAUGAUUUAUUUGAAGAUGGAGCACUGCUGAUUUAUGAAGGAAAAAAGAAGAAUUUUUUAAGGAUUAUACAUAUUUCAGAAAGAUUUUGCCCAAUUCAAUUGUCAGACAUUAACGAUCAUGUUUUAUGAGGCUUGUUUUAUUUGAAGAAAAGCAUAUUGCCAAAAAUUCUGGUAAAAAGCUUCCUAACGGUUAACAGAUCGUGGGCAAGAUGUCUGGCUGUGUAAUGCAAAUAUAGUUAUACAAAGAAACAUACGUAUGGCUUCAAACCUCAAGACAUCUUUUUUAGGGCAGUUGUUGUGUUGGUGGCACAUUAGAUAUUUCUAACGUGUACGAAGUUAUGUAUUUUGAUUCACUUUUAUUCCUUACUAUGUAUAUGUACCUUUUUAAAAAAGCCAAGAACUUUCUCUUGCUGUCAUUGCUCCUUUUGAAACAAUUCCAUUUUCAAGUCUAUCUUUGGUUAAAGAUUCUUUUGUUAGAGAUUUUGUUAUUGACCUUCAAGAAUUAAGUCUUAAUUAAGAAUUAAGACAUUCAAGAAGUAAGGCAAAGUGAACCCUCAAAAAACUCCGUCUCUGAAAUCAAUACUGUAGAAACCAACUGUAUUUGACAUUAUGAAUAAUGUCUAAUAUAAGAAUAUGCUUCUGGAAUCAGGUCUUGUUUUUUAGUACCAACAGUGAUACUUCCCAAAACAUGAUAAUUCCCCAAAAUGUAAUGGCAUGACAUUGCCUUGAAAUGCUUGCUGAGGGCUUAACUUUCAUGUUAUCUUGAAAAUGGGCUGAUGGAAUCUCCAUUUUUAAAAUGCAUUUCAAAUAUAAGAGACAAAGAGAAAAACCUAGAUUGUUCUUGCAAUUGGGACAAUAAAAAGUAAGUAGUAUUAAGAAAGAUAAAACAAUCUUUAUUUUAGAGAUGAGCCCAUCAAAAUAAUUUAGAGGGAUGAGGGGCAAAAGGGAAGAAAGGAUAUUGCUACAGAAUAUGAGAAUGAAAGUUAACGCAUUUCAAUGUUUAAUAAAGUUUGAUAGGUAAAUAAAGAAUGUUACUUUUUUAUUUAACUGAUAAGGUUUUUGCUGUUUUGUUAUUUGCUGUUUUGAUGAGUAAACCAAAGAAUAUUUACAUUCCA